GCGCCGCGCGGUCACGCUUCACUACAGCAGCGCAGGGAGGAAGUCCGUGCGUCUGGAAGAGCCGCGACGCACCGAGCUGGAAACUUCUUCCAAACUUAACCUGGGGACUAAAGAGAAGCGGCAGCUCCGAGGCUCGUCGUCGGGCAGCUCCAGCCGGGGAACAUGGACUAGAGGCGGCGGCUCGGGGCAGAUGGAGGCGGUGAGAAGUUUGCUGUUCGUCGGCUUCGUGCUGCUCGGAGUCCCGGGCGCUUGGGGUAGAGAAGUAUGCCUGGGUACAGAUAUGAAGCUGACCCUGCCCUCGAGCCUGGAAAACCACUACGAGACCCUGAGGCUGCUCUACACCGGCUGCCAGGUCGUCCACGGCAACCUGGAGAUUACACACCUUCAUGGGAAACCCGACCUCUCCUUCCUGCAGGGUAUCGUGGAGGUGCAGGGUUAUGUACUCGUAGCCCACGUGUCGGUGGAUCUGGUGCCUCUGGACAACCUGCGGAUCAUUCGGGGCAGCCAGAAGUACAACUCCAGCUACACCUUGGCCGUGCUGGAUAACACUCUGAACGGACAGGGGCUCAGGACACUGCGGCUUCGUAGCCUCACAGAGAUCCUGUUGGGUGGUGUGUACAUCUGGGGGAAUCCUCAGCUGUGCUUCCCAGACCCUGAGAACAUCCUUUGGAGGGACACCAUGGACGAGCAGACCCAUAACAGCAGGCAGCACCGACUGCAGGCUCGAGCCUCUGAAUGUCCAGAUUGCUCCUCUCAAUGUGGGAAAAACUGCUGGGGAGAGACUGCGCAGGACUGCCAAGCCCUGACUCGUAUCCAUUGUGCGUCUGGCUGUCAGCGGUGCAAAGGUCCUCUGUCCAACGACUGCUGUCACACGCAGUGUGCUGCUGGAUGCACGGGACCCAAAGACUCCGACUGCCUGGCCUGCCGUCACUUGAACGACAGCGGUGUGUGUAAGAAGGACUGUCCUCCACCUACGAUCUACGACCCCCUCACCUAUCAGUCCAAACCCAACCCAAACAAAAAGUUCAACUUCGGAGCCACCUGCAUCAAGACCUGUCCUUAUAACUACCUGGCUCAGGAUGUGGCCUGUACUUUGAAUUGUCCCAUAUUGACCCAGGAAGUUAUCAUCACCCACCCUGAUGGAAGCGAGACGCAGAACUGUACAACAUGUGAAGGAGACUGUCCCAAAGUGUGUUAUGGCCUCGGUACGGACAACCAAGGCGUCAUUGACAACCACGGCAUUACCAUGGUAACAUCGUCUAACGUGGAGGAGUUCAACAAGUGCAAGAAGAUCUUUGGCAGUCUUGCUUUCUUCUCUCAGAGCUUUGCACGGGACCCGGAGACCAACACGUCAGGUGUGACCCUGGAGCAGUUGAGCUCCUUCAAGAACCUGGAGGAGCUAACAGGUUACUUGUACAUUGAAGCUUGGCCGGAGGAGUGGACCGACCUGAAUGUGUUUGAGAACCUGAAGGUGAUCCGAGGCAGGAUGCUCUACAAGGGAGUGUUUUCACUUGCCAUCCAAAAUCUGCACAUCCAGUCUCUUGGGUUGCGUUCUCUACGCAGCGUCAGUGGAGGUCUGGUGCUGUUGAACAACAAUUCCAAGCUGUGCUACACCAACUCACUGCCCUGGGGGACUCUCCUGCAUCCCACCCAGGGACCCCACCGCAUCGUCAGCCUCAACCAGGAAGCAGCUGUCUGCGAGGCAGAGGGACACAUUUGUCACCCGCUAUGCGAAGGGGGCUGUUGGGGUCCGGGCCCCGGCCAGUGUGUGUCCUGCAAAGCUUUCCAACGUGGCACCGAGUGUGUAGAGCAGUGUGACAUCAAUCAGGGGGACAUACGUGAAUACGCAGACGGAUCUUUGUGCGUUGUCUGUCACGCAGAGUGUCGCCCUCUGAACGGCUCCGCCUCCUGUCAUGGACCGGGUGCAGAUCAUUGCACAGAGUGUGAAAACUCUCAGGACGGUGAGUUUUGUGUGGACCACUGUCCCAGCGGCGUGAAGGAGGAUCAGCAGACUGUGUGGAAGUACAGCAAUGCGUCCGGACACUGUCUCCCCUGCAGCACCAACUGCUCGCUGUCCUGCACGGUGACGGACGACAGAGGCUGCCCCGUCGAUAACAGGACAGGACCGGGUACGACCAUCGCGGCUGCAGUGGGUGGCGUGGUGCUCUUCCUCAUCUUGCUGGCUCUGCUGGUUUUCUACCUGAGGAGGCAGAAGAAGCUGAAGAAGAAGGAGACCAUGAGGAGGAUCCUGCAAGAAUAUGAGCUGGUAGAGCCUCUGACGCCCAGUGGUGCGUCACCCAAUCAGGCUCAGAUGCGGAUCCUUAAGGAGACGGAGUUGAAGAAGCUCAGGGUGCUGGGGGCAGGGGCCUUCGGUACCGUUUACAAGGGAGUGUGGGCUCCGGACGGGGAGAACGUGAAAAUACCAGUGGCUAUUAAGGUUUUACGAGAGAACACCUCGCCAAAAGCCAAUAAAGAGAUCCUUGAUGAGGCUUAUGUGAUGGCGGGGGUGGCCAGCCCCUAUGUGUGCCGUCUUCUGGGAAUCUGUUUGACCUCCACCGUGCAGCUGGUCACUCAGCUGAUGCCAUAUGGCUGCCUGCUCGACUACGUCAGGGAGAACAAGGACCACAUCUGCUCCCAGUUCCUCCUCAACUGGUGUGUGCAGAUCGCCAAGGGCAUGAGUUACCUGGAGGAGGUUCGGCUGGUCCACAGAGAUCUGGCCGCCCGCAACGUUCUGGUGAAAAACCCGAACCACGUGAAGAUCACAGACUUCGGCCUUGCCCGCCUGCUCGACAUAGACGAGACCGAGUAUCACGCCGAGGGAGGGAAAGUGCCUAUUAAAUGGAUGGCUCUGGAGUCUAUUCUGCACAGAAGGUUCACUCAUCAGAGCGACGUCUGGAGCUACGGAGUGACCGUUUGGGAGCUGAUGACGUUCGGAGCCAAACCGUACGACAUGAUCCCGGCGAGGGAAAUCCCGGAUGUGCUGGAGGGAGGACAACGACUUCCCCAGCCGCCCAUCUGCACCAUCAACGUCUACAUGAUCAUGGUCAAAUGUUGGAUGAUUGAUGCAGAGAGCAGACCGAAGUUCAAAAAUCUGGUGAAUGAUUUCAGCGUCAUGGCCAGAGACCCUCCUCGUUAUGUAGUCAUUCAGAACGAUGAGCAGAUGAGCAUGUCCUGCCCUGUGGACAGCCAGUUCUUCCGGACGCUCAUGGAGGAGGAAGGGAACAACAUAAGGGAGCUGCUGGAUGCUGAGGAGUAUCUGGUGCCUCAGCCGAACCUCUUCCCCAGGAUGCCAGGAGACGGGGCUCAGUCCAACGGGCCGUCCAGACACCAGUCACACAGGCAGAGCAGAGAUCAGGAAUUAGACGUCGAUCCGUCCAUCGCCGGCGUCCCUCGGAGCAUGUACUCCUCCCUGAGCACUCUCGGCCGCAGCCAGUACCCCACCCUACCACUAGGGGCCAGCAACUCCAACGGCAUUUGGCCAUCUCAGUACCCGACGCUGGCUCGCAGCCCCUCGGCCGGUAGCCAGUCUGACUCCGUCUUCAUCGACGGGGGGCCGGACGACCCCUCGCUGCCCCCGGCCAGCCCUGGACGCUACUGCAAAGACCCCACGUACCCCGGCGGCAGCCAAGGCGAGCUGGAGACAGAUGGGCCGAACGGCUUUCCUCAUCCUCAUCAGUUUCAUCACUCGCUGCCCAGACGUAGUCAUGGAAUCAAUCAUAAUCAAACUGUGCCAGAGUACGUCAACCAGGAGGUUCAGGAUUUCAGACCGGGGAUCCCAGAUCGUGCCUCCACGCUGCCUCGUAAAGGCUCCAGAGCAGAGCGACGCCUCCCCAACGGCCUGCACUCCGGUCAAAGCGUGGAAAACCCAGGAUACUUGGUCCCUCCAAAUUGCGGCUCCUCAACCUCUCCGGCCUUUGACAACCCGUACUAUCUGGACCUUAUGGCCAAAGCCAACGCUGUAGCAGGGGCAGGGGAUGGGGCGGGAGGAAUGCCCCGGCACGUGAACGGGUUUGUGACCUCCACAGCAGAGAAUCCAGAGUAUCUGGGACUAGCAGACACCUGGAGCGGACAUACUUGAAGAGAGGGAACAGAAGUAAUGCGAUGAACUCAAGAGGAGUCAGAUUAAGUUCUACUGAGGUAACAGAUGAGUGAGAGAAAGGGAAGAUGGAUGCGUGUGUGUGUGUGUGACGUUCGGAAAGAGCACAUGGAGCUGAAUCCUCUGAAGAUCCAAGCCAGGUGAGGAUAUUUGGCAAACGUCACCAAAUCAACCAGCUGUGGCAAGACACUGUGGAAUUAAUCUGGUGUCCGUGGCAUCAUUUGUAUUACUGCCUUCCUCUCAGCAAUCUGUUGAGGGUCAAAAAGAAGUUCACUUGGCCUCUGUGAAUAACCCAGCACUGGAGAAGCAGGAGAGUCACUGGUGGAGACCCAUCAUGGUACGAGAAGAGUCUGAUCAUCACACAGUCCAACAAGUGACUGGAUUCACAAAUGCUCCUUUCCUCUUUUUUUUGUUUAAACAUUCAUUUUCUUUUAACUUGUCUGUGGUUGUUUCUACAUGUGGAGCAUUUUUUUUUUUUUUAUAUGUCCCAUGUUUCCCUCCCGUGUCCUGAUUUGCUCCAGUCCAGCUAAACAGGGCGAAAAAACUAUAUAGAAGACUUUGACAAGUGAGCCAUGGUGUGCACUCAGGAUUGCGUUUAGUAUUCUGGUCACUUUCUCCCGGACCUGAUGGGGGUCUUCAGUACACUCAAAGCCAUUUUGUUUUGGCCGGCGAGAGCCCUGCAGCCCAUCUGGCCAGUAGAUAUGCUCCCAGAAAGAAAGGCUUCCUGUAUGCAGAAGACAGAGGCAUUGUGCUGCACUGAUGUAUGUGGUUGUUAGUGUCUGUGGCUGCAGCUUCUUUGUGGUACGGCUGAUGAGAUAUGAGGUACUUGCAGAAUUUUAAACCGCACAGAUCUCAGUGAAUUCUUGUUUUUGUUGUGAAAACACAGUAAACAAGUAGUUAGGGUCACAAAAACCUUUCAGGGAUUGACGGUUUUGCCAAGUAUUAGGGAGAAUUAUUUGCAUAUUAAAUGAUGCAUUAUGCAGGGACAUGUACCGCAUGUGCCCCCUGCCCCUAGAUUGUGUUAUCGCAAUGAGCUUUUUUAGUUUCGGAGGCCGUUCACUGUGCAAGAAUUCAUAUGAGCCGUUGUUAAAUAUUCCAAAAGAAAUGAAGAACUUCUUUCUGCUUGUCACCGAGGCAUUGUUUUCCACAAAUCACAGACUACUCAUGAAGUUACUUCCUUAAGGUUCGUUGUGGCGUGUGAGAGAAUAAGUGCGUUCAAUAAGAUGUUUCCAGCAAAACUAGGUAGUUUUUACUCCGUAGAAUAAAAGCUUCAUUAUCAUUUUGAUGGUACAUAAACUUAUGACCGGUAUAAUGGCGGCGUCUAUUAUAGCCACAGUGCCCCCUGGAGGCCUGGAACUGCACCAACAACCAGAGCUAGCAGCUAGCUAUAAGAUACAAUAGGCAUCGUCAGUGUGGACACAACUUUACUGCCACCGAAGACACAGAGGAGGAGAAAGCGAUGAAGUGAAUAUUUUACCAUAUCUCACUCUUUGGCAAGAGACCACAACUCGUAUUUACGAAUUACACAUCCCAGCCUGUAGGGGGAGCCAUAGUGUAGCUAAGCGUUGAUUUUUGCAUUGAGCCACUUUAAUAAACGCUUUAAACAUCGCAAGGUGUUAAACAAACGCCUUUCAGAUGUUUGUUGUUGCUCCCCGACUUUACCAGUUGCCUUCCUUCUCCCACUGGCCUUCCUCUCUGUAUCCUCGUGGAAAGCGCCGCCUCGUAAAACAAACCCGUGUUGUCGUUCUGCUGUUUGUGUAUUUGUGCACUGGACACUGGAGCUCAAUGUGAUUCUGAGGAGACAAAAAUGUCUCCCUGCUCGAUUUGAAUAAUCAAUGCAUGGCUCAAAUUCCACUCAGCGAGAGCACACUGGCGUCCCAGUUAAUAAUCAACAGCAUUUUUUUGAAGACUUUUUUUUAAUGUUAACUAGCGCUGGGCUGGGGGAGGUCGACCCGAGUCAAUGGAGCCAUUGUGUGACACGUUGGAGUCAGUGCUCUCCCAAGUCACACGUCCCAGCGACUGGUGUUGUCGCAGCUUUGAAAAGAGAGAAGUCGAGGUUUUUAUUUCUGCGGAGGUUUCAGACCCGGCAGCAGAAUGUGCUUCAGUGUUCGGGGGCUUUUUUUUUAUCUCGACAUAAAUUUCCCGGCAUCUUGUCGUUCACCAAACGAGCCGCAGCUCAUCCUCCAGCUGCCACCAGCUACUACUGAGAUUCAACGUUGUUCUUUAAGGAGGAACUUCUCUUCCCUGAGAUGUGUGAUUUCUCAGAGGUCGUCCACACAAUGAACUGAGUGUGUCCGGAGUGGGAGGUCUGAGGCAGAUCCACGUCAGCCUCCACCGUCACUCUCACUCUUUAAGUCUUUGGCAACACUUACUUUUUAUUUUCAUGUUCUCUUACGGGUUUUGAAGAGUUUUGUUCCAGGAUAAAAUAUCAAAAAAAAUAUACCUAAUCUUAGAUAAUUAAGAAUAACCUCUUUUUUUAAAUACAAACAUAAGACUUUACAUCCAUACCUGCAACUAUUGUAUACUAACAAUGAAUUGAUUGAAUUCUUUUUGAGUGAUAAGAUUCAUAUUACGGUUUUUCAUGUCUUUUAUUAUUAUUAUUAUGAAUAUACACUACAGUGUUUUGGAAUGAAACCCUUCAUGUGUUAUUGCUGUCAGUUGAAGACCUCGUGUCUUUUAAGAGAAAAGCAGGUUUUACACAAAUAUUACACUGAUUCUGUGGUAUUUUAUAAAAAAAGUUUUAAAAACACUAAUGAAUGUACAAGUUUCUCUGCAUCUAGAGGAGUGUGUUAAACUUAAAUCAUAAUUUAAAGACCCAGUAGCGCCAGUAAAAUGUUCAAUUUCCUCUAAGACAUCCAAGUGUUUUUGAGGAAGGAGAAUUCACCUCUGCCGGGAAAAAAAACGGUUUUCACAGCGGGUGGUAACAUCAGCUCACAGAUGUUCUCUAUCUCACAUGGAAAUGAUGAGACCACGACACACAGCUUGAAAGCUGCCACAGUUAAUGUGUGUGUGUGUUUACACUGUAGUGUCACUUUUAUGAAUUGUUCAGUUUAGAGGUCGUCUGCACAUCGUUAAGGAAACUCAUCAGUUCGCCUUUAUACUGUUUGAUAGUUGCUGUUUUUCUUUUACUGAUAUGACCUCUGCCACAGAGGUCGUGUUCUUACACUGUUUGUCAACUUCAGUCCUGGACCCAGCUCAGAGGGUGGAUUUAGGAAUCUUAGGAUUUUCUUUUUCAACAUUGUUGUUGAUUUCUCAGAGAAUAAUUCAUGGAUCAUGAUAAAAAUAAAAGGUCAAGUUAAAGAGGAUUCAUGUUUAUGAGUGGGAGAAAUCUGUGGUUUCAUAAGGGGACUGUACGGCCUGGGUGGAGGUGUGUGCUCUAUUGAGUGCUGUUCUAGAUUCAAUAUACUGGCACUCAGUAGAGCGUAUAACUCUUCCAAGGUCCAAUAGUCCCCUUAAAUUCAAUCAAGCUGCACCAGAUUGCACACACUCAUAGAUAUCAGUGCGGGAAAUAUAUAAUAAAAGACUCCCUACCUUGCAAUAAAAGAAAUUCCUGGAUCUGCCCCUUUGUCCAGAUCUGUGCCAAAAUUAAAUGAGUUCUUCCUUGAUCCAUACGGCAUCCUUCCACCAGGGGGAAUGGGUUCAGUAGUUUCUGCGUAAUCAAGUAAUUCUAAACAUCACCUCCCCGGUACAGAGCCUGAGGACUUUGGUGACGAUUAAUUGUGUCACCGUGAUACAGGGAAGGAGGAAACAUAAACUGAAUGAAAAACAGACAAAGGUUGUCGUCAUAAAUUUGUUAACAAUCUACGUGAAGUGUGUCGAUGGGUCUCAACUCUCAUGUUUUUGUCCAGAGAAGAAGAAAGAACCAGUUUAAAGAACAGGAGUGUGCUGAAGGUUUUAAAUAAAAUGAAAUAUCUCUAACUUACUUUUUGAAGAAUUUUUUAAUCUUUUUUUUACUUUUCAUGUGAAUAUUUUUUGUUAUCUUUCGCAGUUAGUGUUAUUGUGACAGGACAUGAAUAAUAACUGUUUUAUUGGGAGUUUAAUAACGCAUCCUUUCCUACUCGUUUGGUCAGUAAGUCCCAUCGUGUAAAUGUGUAUCAUAUGAAUUCAGUGUAUAUAUAUCAAUAAAAACAAUCACUCUGGUAGCUAAUUUGAUUAAAUACAUUGAAUAUUGUGACCAUUUGCUCUAAUGUGCAGGGGGUAAAUACAUAAGAAAAUAUUUUAUGAAGAAAUGGUCGUUUUUUAUAUGGAAUUGUUUGCAGACAUUGUGUGUUUUCAAAAGCAUAUAAAACAUUUAAACCUC